AUGGACUAUCUGAGAAGAGGAUACUUCAAGGACCCGAAAGGGUACCGGUGGGCUUUUGGAGUAGCCACGGUAAUUGAAGAAGAGUCCAAGCAAUUGUCUGCCCUUCCUGGCCUCUCAGAAGACCCUUCCAUUGUAGGACUACUGCGAGUUAAAGAUCAAGAAGUGCCAAUAGCCACAACAACCGUACACAGACGACAGUAUCGGACGAAUCGAGAUGCUGUGAUCCCCAUCCACAAGAUGAUCCGAAAGGGCGUUCAAUAUACCUGGAAUCGACUGCCCCAGGGGUGGAAGCACAGUCCAACCAUCUGCCAUGGACUGAUUCAGGCCACGCUAGAAAAGGGUAAGGCUCCAGAACAUAUCCAAUACAUUGAUGACAUCAUUGUAUGGGGGGACACAGCAGAAGAAGUGUUCAAGAAAGGACAGAAGAUCAUUCAGAUUCUCCUCGAUGCUGGUUUCGCCAUCAAGAAGAGCAAGGUCAAGGGACCUGCUCGAGAGAUCCAAUUCCUAGGGGUGAAAUGGCAAGAUGGACGACGUCAGAUACCAACAGACGUAAUCAACAAGAUUGUAGCAAUGGCUCCGCCCACAAACAAGAAAGAAACCCAAGCUUUUCUGGGAGCAAUAGGCUUUUGGAGGAUGCAUAUCCCAGAGUACAGCCAGAUUCUGGAGAUAAAGGUCCCUCCUGGAGCCUCUGGCAAAAGGUGCCUGGCGAGACACGAGGGCGACCACUGGGUUUCUGGAGCCGAAGCUACAGAGGUUCUGAAGCCAAUUACACCCCUGUGGAGAAGGAAAUCUUAGCGGCGUAUGAAGGCAUACGAGCAGCUUCAGAGGUAAUUGGUACCGAAGCACAGCUCUUCCUGGCACCCCGACUGCCAGUGUUGAGCUGGAUGUUCAAAGGGAAGGUGCCCUCUACGCAUCACGCCACCGAUG